GCCCGGCCCAGUCUGAGGCUGCUGGUCGAGGGGGGAAGCAGUGAGGACAGCAUCCCUGGUCCACAGGCGGGAUGAGCGGGGGAGCAGAGCAAGCUGACAUCCUAAGCGUGCUCUCCCUGGUCAAGGAACGAUGGAAAGUGGUGAAGAAGAUUGGGGGUGGAGGGUUUGGCGAAAUCUACGAGGCGGUGGACCUGCUGACACGGGUCAGCGUGGCGCUGAAGGUGGAGUCGGCCCAGCAGCCCAAACAGGUGCUCAAGAUGGAGGUCGCCGUACUCAAGAAGCUCCAGGGUAAAGACCACGUCUGUCGCUUUGUGGGAUGUGGCCGCAACGACCGCUUUAACUACGUGGUGAUGGAGCUUCAGGGUCGUAACCUGGCUGACCUGAGGAGGAGUAUGACCCGGGGCACAUUCAGCAUCAGCACCACCCUGCGUCUCGGCCGCCAGAUCCUGGAAGCCAUAGAGAGCAUCCACUCUGUCGGCUUCCUGCAUCGUGACAUCAAACCGUCCAAUUUUGCCAUGGGUCGCUUCCCCAGUACCUGUCGUACCUGCUACAUGUUGGACUUUGGUUUAGCUCGCCAGUUCACCAACUCUUGCCAGGAGGUCCGACCACCCCGUCCAGUGGCAGGGUUCAGAGGAACAGUCCGCUAUGCAUCGGUCAACGCACACAAGAACAAGGAGAUGGGUCGUCAUGAUGAUCUGUGGUCCCUCUUCUACAUGCUGGUGGAGUUUCUGGUUGGUCAGUUGCCAUGGCGGAAGAUCAAGGACAAAGAACACGUGGGGAAGCUGAAGGAGACUUACGACCAUCACCUGAUGCUCAAACAUCUGCCGGCAGAGUUCGGUGUGUUUUUGGAACACAUCUCCAGCCUGGACUACUUCACAAAACCUGACUACCAGCUGCUGAUGUCAGUAUUUGACAACAGUAUGAAAACCUACAAUGUUGUGGAGAAUGACCCCUAUGACUGGGAGAGAACUGGCACAGACGGCACCUUGACAAUCAGUGCCAGUGCCACAACGGCACAACAUCACACCCGCCUCACCCCGGCACAUCUGGGCAUGGCGAAUGCCUCCCUGAUACCUGGCGACCUGAUGAGGGAAAACACAGAUGAGGUUUUGCAGGAUGAGCAGCUCAGUGACGUGGAGAACAACCCCGCUCCUGAGCGCCUGACUGGCUCUCCCCUCCACCCGCACCGCAACCAGGAGGCUGAUGUCUGGGAGGAGCUGGACCGCAACCGUAACCGCAUCAGGACGGCAGUCUGGAAGACGGCGACGGAGGAGGAGCACAGCAACAACCAGGGCAACCAAGGACACCAGAGCCCCUACGCUGGACCAAGUCUGGGUUCACCAGUCAAACUACACUCUGAGGUGAUGGCUUCAGACCGUGACGGCCCUCUGCUGAGGAAGCUCCGCAACAUCCACAGCUUUGACCUGGAGAGGAGGCUUGGCCUGGAGUCUAAGCCCAGUCCAGAGCGCUUCCUGGAGGCCUGCCCAGUGAAGCAGCAGCCUGGCACCCCACACCAGGAGAAGGAGGCUAAUGGAGCUGCAAUCAUCCCAGUGACUCAGGGUCAAACUGUUCCUGCCGGGGAGCGUCCAGAUAGGGUCUGGCACUAUGAUGAGGAGUUCCUGUCUGGAGGUGGUUCUCCUAAGCCAGCAUCCCCUGGAUCUGUGGAGCAGGGAGAGGGGGCAGCCAGCAGCGGGGGCUUUGUGGCCCUAAAUUUGAGCUCUGGGAGGCAGGACAUUGACUCAAGGGAGUGGGUAAUGGUGGAGCGGCCCAGCGGCUCCCCAGGAGCCAAGGCUACCACCAGCCCUUCAGAGGAGGAUGAGGAGCCAGAGGUGCUCCAGCCAGGAGAGCAGUCUCCUGGAUGGGAAAAGGGCAGCCCAAGCCCUAUCUCUGGCAAAGCUAAACAGGAAAGCAUGUCUUCCUCCAAGGGAAGUGCAAAAGUGGACAAGUUGGAACUUAGCGUGGGCCCUGUGGGGGCUCUGCCUCCCGUCACUCCAACCAGCCCAGCUGAAGCUCUGGCUGAGGGAGUUCUCACUCAGCUCCCCACCUCUCCUCCGUCCCUGCCUGAGGAGGUCGCGGUCCGGACAUCCAGCCCCAUCCCUCUGCGCUCUCCCAGCCCUCACACCCUCCUGACCACCUUGUCGGACCCGCUGCACCAGCGCCAUCCGCCGGGCAUGAGGCGCAGCCAGUCUGCUGACCAGCCGCAGCAGGAACGCCCCUCCUCCUCCUCCUCCUGCCAUGCCUCCCUUCCACUACCACCAAACCCCACCCCCUGCACCCGCUCACCCAGUCGCAGGAAACUGCCGGCCAUCCCGGCGGGUGCUGCCAACGCCAAGUUUCCCUCUGUCAUACGCAUCACACGUGCCCAGCUUCAGCAGUUGACAGCUCAGCGUCCCUCUGGGCUGUCCUCCCAGUCAGGAUCAGACAGUGCUCCACAGUGCCUCCUGCUGGAGAGGCGUGGUGAAGCCGAAGCUGAGACUCAGCAGGUCCGGGAGCAAACAGUGGACAUCACCUCCCCACAGGACCAUGUGCCCACCCAUCCGGGGACGCCCACAGACCCCCUGGCUGAGACGCUGGUCAACGGAGACAGCCACACCAAAGCUCAAAGCCCCGUGCCAAGCCGCGUGUCUUCCCCGCGCUCGCCACGCUCGCCUCCUCCGCGCUCACCCUCCUCUCCACGCUCCCCUCGCUCCCCCCACUCCCCCACUCCCCCCAGUCCUGUUUUUGCCAACGGCCACUUCUCCCCUCAUGUUACUGGCCAAAGUGAUUUAAGUAAUGGCGCUUUCCCUAAGCUUAAAGACCCUGAAAACAUUUCUGGCCCCACUCCCUGUGCCACAAAGCCUCAGCUAAGAGGGGAGGAGGGCGGAAAGGUGAACCAGGCUCAGACUAACGGCCCAGCCUCCUCCUCUCCGGCUGCCCCCCGUAAGGACCCCAGCCGCAGGCAAAGUCGCAUCCCGGUCCUGGAGCCCUCCAGCCUUCUGGAGCUCCCGCCUCCUGGAUCUGCCAAGGAGAAACUCCUGCAGAAGAAAGCCAACCACCAGGGCCCCGUCCCCUCCCCCACUGCCUCGCCGUCCCUCUCUGACAGGCGUGGCCCCGUGGUGGCCUCCCUCGCCAGGGAUCCACUCUCCUCCAACUCUGACCGCUCCCAGGACGAGGACUCGCUCAUGGGCUCUCGCUCUGACCGCCAGGGAGAUGAUGCCGCAUCCCUCUCCUCCUCCUCCAGCCCCCUGUCCCGCAAGAGCAGGAUCCCUCGCCCCGUUCAUUCAGCCUCUUCCUCUGAGCAGCUGGCUGCCCAAUUCCUGCCGCGCCCGCCCCCUGGAAAGCCACCUUGCCGCCCCACAGUGGAGGGCAGGCUUAGACGUUACCGCAUCCGAGCUGGCAGCACCAGUGACUCAGACCUCCUGACCUGCCUCGCUCAGCUGAUGCAUGGCUCUCGUGGCUCCCCACUCCACCACCGCUCCUCGGCCCAGCAUGGGGGCUCCAGGAUGGGCAUCUGCAGCCUGACAAGCUCCCCGCACCACCACCGCAGCUCUAGCGCCUCGCCGCGCAGCUCCUCCUCCCUGCAGCGCUCCGUCAGCUCCUCGCCCUCCCGCCAUGAGCACCGUGGCGGCGGGGGUGGGGGCUGCCUCGGCCGCAGCCGCUCGCCCCCUAGCUUCUCCGGCUCGCCCCCUCCCCGCCGCUUCUACCCCCACCACCAGGAGACUUGCUGUAGCCGCCAGGCACGCACGGGCCCCUUCCACCUGUCCAGGGGGAAGGGCUGCAGCCGAGAGGGCAAGUGCUCCAGCAAGCUGAGCAGAUAGUUGCCCACAGGGUUGUGCUGCCGCAGCAGAGGAUGGGAAGAGUCCAAUUCUGAUAGAGUAGACACCAGUCAGGACUAAAACCUGAGUCUUCCUCUAUAAUUAGAAAAAAAAAAAAAAUCUUGUUUCCCUGUUUUUUGCUGUCAGUCUGAACCUUACAGUUGUCUUGCCGCUUCCCACUUUUCUCUUCACUUCUUGUAUUUGCACACAGGGUUUGUCAUUCAUUUAUGUGCCCGACUUCAAAGAGGUACUCCAACGAUUUAGUAUUGAAUUUCCAUCAAGUUUUUGGGCUCAUGAGAGACAGAACAGUCAAAAUCUGUGUAGCAGAGGCCAAGAUGUCCUCACUUUUAGUCGGAUAGGUUCCAGAAAUGCUUCUUCUCACAUCUCCCUGUCUCCUCAAUAUGAAUAAAUGUGCAAAAUCGUUGGAGUGCCCCUGAUCAUUUAUCAGGCAAACUAUAUUGACAGGGUCUGCGUGUCAGGGUCCUUAUUUUAUAUUUGUUAAAACCUGGUAGAGCAAAACAGUGUAGCUUCAAAAUUAACCCGUUCCUUCCCAAUGCAGGACAUUCUAUAACACAUAAGUCAGUAGUUAGUUAGUUGAGCCAGUGGGCACAUAAAUAAAACAGUUUUCUGCUUAUUCCACUUUAAACCAUCCUGCACCACAAUAUAUAGUAACUUAUUUAUCCCCAGUAUUAAUGCACUUGGAUUACACUGAUGGAAUGUCAGUGUAGCUGAUCACAGCUUAAUGAGAUAGUGGCCUGGGUGCUGACUCAGUUAUCUCCUCUGCGUUUGGAGAUUGCAGGCAGGGUAUAAUAUUUACUUUAUGCUGUGUGUGAAUGCAUAAAGCCAGAAUUUGUUGUACAGUUGUAUUUAUUGAGAUAUUUAUUUUGAUGCUUAGCGACACUUACGACUCCUACCCUCUUCUGUGUGAUCGUGGACGUGUGGUUUUUGUGUCUCUCGGGUUAGUUUUAAAUGUUUAAUCGAGGGGUCCGCUCCGUAGUGACCCUUCAUACAAUCAAUCAUGUAAAGUGCGUGAGGACACACACCUUUUUGUGCCUACUGUGUUGCUAAGAGGGAAUUCGAAGGGAUUAGAAUAGUGAAACUCCUUUUUUUUUUUUUUUAGAUCUGAAGGCAUUCAUGGAACAUGUGUUUCCAGUAGUAGUAGUUGUAGUAGCAGUAGUGAGCUUAUACAACACAAAGGUACAUUACUGAUGAGUAAUGUCUGGAUGUGGAUAUUUGUCUCAGCAUGUGCCUUGGCACUUUGGGCAGCUUGAGGAUUCACUCUGGUGUGUCUGUAAUUAGAAAAAAAACAAACAAACAAACAAAAGGAGCCAAAAACAGACUUGUGCCAGCCGUUAUUAGACGACCCUUUUCACCAGUAUUUAUUUAUAUAGAAAAGGUAGCAACACAAUUGUUUGUAUAUCAAACACAAUUUGAGCAACGGUUUACUUGAGGACAGAGUAGCUAUUAUUUGUAACAAGUAAAGGAAAUAUUUCAAGCGACACCCGUUUUAGCUGUCCUGUAUGUACCAGGUCAGUAUUUGAGGUUAAACUUUUAACAAAUGUGAAUUUCAAACCUCAAACAACAUUUUGUCAAAUGUUACUGAAAAUGGAGGCCAUAUGUACAUACAGAUUAUUUCACACACCAAAAUGAUGAAGAAUGUUUUUUUUUUUUUUUUGUUGCUCCUGUGCUGGAGAAUGUCUUUUAUAUAAUGACAUACAGUAUGUUUGUGCACAUGGCAAAGGAAUCAGAGUAUUGUUUGUGUUUAAUUUAGUUUAGGAUUCCUCACUGAGACUCUCCUCCACAACCUCUUCCCACUCCUCUGCUUGUAAGAUACUGUAAAAUAACUCCAGCUUCCUUCCAGUGCUACUCUUGCAUGCUCAACAGAGAAAAGACGGAAAAAAAUAAUCAGAAUCAACUACUGAGUUAAAAAAAAAAAAGCUGCAUACCACUACUCAUUACAGGGCAUUUAUCUUGUGAAGAUUUUAACCCGGCGGGACUUCAUUACCUGUCGGACAAGCAAAUUUAAUUUCUGUGAAUCUGUAUAUCUUCUCCGACUCAUCUUAAUAUUCAUUUUCCUUCUCCCACCUGAUGUAUGACACUAGUUUUCUGCACUUCCUGCACUGACUUGGGGUGAUUGUGUUGCUGGAUAAUGAUGUUUUUUUAUCCAUGCUUACCCAGCUUUGAACAUGAUGCACAAAGUAAUUACCACAAAAAAAUCUAAAAGGAGAAUAGACUUUGCUGUGUUUUUAGCGUUUGUAUUAUAGGAAAAACACAGGACUUGAGAGAUUAAAUGCAGCCAUAGCCUCUAUAAGAUUACAGCUGCACAAAUGAACAAAGAGAAAAAUCACAUUGCCAAAUAUUUUGAUAAAUUUUGCAGAUGUGGUUUGACUUGAGAUGUGAUGAUAACCAUGGGAGCGUAUAGAGGGUGAAUGGGCACAUUGCUUUGUAGAUGUAAAAACGUGCUUGUUUCGUUUGACUCAUGCAGAUGUUGCAGGUACCUACGCUAGCCUCACAGAGCAGCUACGAUGACUCAUCCUGAAGGCAGACAGCGUUCAGUCAGUCAGCCGCCUUAAUGUCUCUUCUCUGCCCCCUCUGUGCAUAGCGAGGGAUGACUGAGCCUUGUCUGUGUUGGAGAUCAUUCCACUGUUAGGGCCGGGCCGAGCCGAGCCUUCCUGUCCCUUAUCUCUCUUGUAAUGGGCACGUGCUACCAUGCCUGUCAGUGUGGUCAGUACGCCACCACUGAAAUCAGUGCUGUCAGACUCUCGUUGCUUACAAAGCUGUGCUUCUGCCCGAGAGCUCCCCUGUGUUUAUUUGUUCUGUGAGAGCACGUGGACCAUUUAUCGAACAACUGGUGAUGAAAACAUUUCAGGCUGCAGUAUUCGAGGUGUGUCUGUCCGUGUGAUGACUGUAUGCUCUCAAACAGGGGCAUGCAAAUUUCUACGUGUCGCCAGCAAUCAAUCUUUGAAUUCUCCCUCUUUCGACUCACAGAUUUCAAGAUAUUUCAAGCUUUCAAAGUUCAGAACGCUGUUGUGCAGACUUUUAAUAUAUACCUGUAAAAUAUUCAAAUAAUUAUUUAAAUAAAAAACAUUAUUGUAAAACCAUAACUUAUAUGCUAACAAGCUUCAGUGAAAGGGAGGGACAGACACUAAAGAGUGCUGCUGGUUUUAAAAGAUAAUCAGAUUUCUUCUCAUGUUUUUUUAUUUUAUUAUUAUUAUUGCACAUAAGUGGUGUGUAGUUGUAGUACUAGUGUAACCUUCCAGAUAAGAUUUUCUUUGUCACUUUAUGAAGUGGCAUGUUGUUGGAAAGGUGUCAUAUUUAUAGUAGCUUGGUGGUAUUUGUGGGUUACAGAUACCCACAGGCCAAUGAGAACAAACCCAGCUGUUUUGUCUUAUUUUGAAAGGUGAGACGGUAACUAAUGAAAGCUUUGGUGUGCACUGGUACACUCCUCAUGUCAUAACAUUGGAUUACUUGUUGAUAACUUAUAAAUACUUGACAGAAAUUAUUUAUUGUGACAUUUGCUAAUUUGCCCAUCCAUCAUUUUGACUUCAAUUGUUGGGAUUUUUUAAUGGUUGAUAUUAUUUUUUUUGUGUUGUAAUGUAUGUUAUAUUGGUUUUGAAAUGUAACUGUACAGUCUCAAGGACAGAAUGUAACAAGUGGGAGUUUUGCAUUGUAUAUAACUGUAAUUAUUUAUGUUUAUUCUAUCAUUUGUAUCAUAUCAAUGCCUUGUACAGUGUUCCUUUUUUCUUUUUUGUUUUAAAAUUAUUUUGUAUUUUAUUUUUAUAAACUGGUUAUAAAUAAAAUACUCAUUCCGCAUGCAGACAGAA